AGGUAUAGGAUCGAACCAGACCGUGAUCGAUGAAAUCCAUCAAGAUUUCCCUGAGUACAACAUGAUCGCAUCGGGAGAGGAGGCGGGGAUCUUCAUCAAGACGUCAGAGAACACGACUCUCAUUGGGGAG